AUGCGUGUGGAGUUUGACGGCAACCCCAGAACAACUGUCCUCGUCAUCUACGCRCCGACCAACAGCGCUGAGGUUAGCGUCGUGGAGGAGUUCUACAGAGCACUGAGAAAUACCUUACAAGRCAUACCAGCUCACAACUUCCUCACCAUACUUGGAGACUUUAACGCUAGGAUUGGCCCUGAGGUAGCUCCACACACCUACCAUGACGCUACCAAUAGAAAUGGCUCGUACAUGGCCGACCUUCUCCUUGAAUUUGGUCUUCUGGCUGCUAAUGGUCAAUUCCAGAAAAGACGAGGGAAGCUAUGGACAUUCAGAGACAGAGCAUCAGAUUCACUACGCCAGUUGGAUUACAUAUUGAUACGCAAAAAGUGGAGAAACAGCCUGAUGAAUGCUGAGGCUUACAAUUCUUUCUGCACUGUGGGCUCAGAUCAYAGAAUMGUCUGUGCCAAGUUCAAACUAAGUUUAAGAACCUCCAAACAUACCAGGAAAAUCAAAUACGACUGGAAGAAAUUCCUAGCCUCACCUGAAAUCCAAGAGCAGUACACAGUGCUUGUCAAGAAUCGGUUUYUGCUGCUCGAGGUAGAUGGAGGUGCAUGUUAUGACGACUUUGUGGAGGCCAAUAAGCUGGCUAUGGAGGAGUGUGUUCCUGUUAAACCCAAGAGGAAAAACUGCCACACUUCUACAAAUCCAAGGGUGAUCCAGGCGAGAGAGAAGGCAGUGGCGGCACAUGAUAGGUGGGAAAAAUAUAGCACUGAUGAAAAUAGAGUUGCCUGGAAGCUCGCUGUAAACCAGCUGUAUGAAACCUACGACCAGGUUAAGGAAGAGGAACUUGAAGAGCAAACAAUGGCCAUAGAGUCCACAUGUGGAACCAUGCAGUACGGGGAAGCAUUGAAACUAGUCAACCGGGUGACUGGACGUAAGAAAGCAAAAGAAGGGCAGGUCUCGGGCAAUAGCCCUGAAGAACGAGUAACAACAUGGUUUACCCACUUCCAGAAGCUUCUGGGGGAACCCCCUACAGUAGAAGACCUUGAAAUCAACGAUGAACCCUUCACUCUCGACGAAUUCAGAAGAGUAAAGGCUUCCCUCCAAUUAGGGAAAGCGGCUUGGCCAGACAACAUCCCCCCCGAGGUCCUCAAAUCCUGUGACUUUGAUGAGAUCUGCCUGAAUUUUUGUAACAGGGCCCUAUUGGAGUGCGACAAGCCUGACCUGUGGUCCCUCAUGAAUAUCAUCCCUGUCCCAAAGUCGGGUGACCUGUCCAACRCUAACAACUAUCGAGGSAUAAGUMUGAUGUGCAUACUAGCAAAGAUGUUUAAUAAGUUGAUACGCAGCGUCAUCAACCCUAAGCUACGCACGAACCAGAAUGGCUUCCGUCCCGAACGCACUACAGUUGCACAGAUUCUCAAACUUCGAAGGAUAAUUGAAGGGGUGAAGGCCAACAACCUUCCAGCCAUUAUCACCUUCAUUGACUUCAAAAAAAGCGUUCGACUCCAUCCACAGAGCAAAAAUGAUGCGUAUCCUAAAGGCAUAUGGCAUUCCUCCUAA